AGGCCAUUGUCAAGGUUUAAAUUGUCUUUACGUAAUGUUGCGUUUAAUUGUGUUACAGUGGCACUAUUAGUGUUAUAUUAAAAUGCAAUAUGUGUUACUAUAUAGAAGAUUUCGUGGAAUAUUUGUGGAUAUUAUGAGGAUUUGCGUUUGGAAUUGGACUACAAUUACCGAAGCUCUCACCAGUCGAUGACUUUGAUACUUCCGGGUUGUACGUGCUUGAGUUCCCCGCCUUUUGAGAAGGUAGUAGUACUCUCAGGACGUCGCCCUAACAAUAACACAGUUGGUGUCUUAAUUUUAUGCUGUUGAACGACUGAGAGGGGAGUUUUCCCAAACAUGUACAUAAUUCUUUACAAUUAAAUUUAAGUUUUUCUUAACCACCUGGCUGUCAUGUUGCUGCCUUCCGACGUCGCCCGGCUUGUUUUGGGUUAUCUCCAACAAGAGGGGCUGUCAGCCACUAGUCAAGCUUUCAUUCAUGAGAGCCCAAAUUUGAAAGAGUACGCCGAUCACACCACAGGAGAUGGGACUAUUCCUGCUUGUGUUUUUUCUAUAUUUGGGAAGGGCCUGACAACUAUUUUAAAUGAGUAUGUGGCUACCAAAGCAAAAGAGUCAUCUCAUGAAGUACCUCUUGUCAUGACCUCGUUAUGGAAAAAACUGGAUUUUACACUCAACCAAAUUAAAUCUUUGCAGAAUUCCCCUGCUAUAUCAGCAAGUCAAAGAACACGUUCACGCGUUGGGAUGGCAAACAUGGCGAGGCAACGGGUCCUAACUAUGGCUUCUGCCAGUGGUGUCAUCUGCUCAUCUGUUUCUGAAACAAGCUCCAUAAUCAGCCCUGCACACACUUCCCACAGCAUGCUGGGCCAUUCCACUCCCGUGUGCUACACCAGACCAGCUUCCAGUAGUGGUGCUCAGCAGCAAAUCCAUGAUGGCAGCCGGUUACUAAAUACUCCCAGAGAUUCACCUGCACAGGUUAUAGUUACGGAGCAUCGGCUAAGUUCAGGCCCAACAUCUCCUGGUCGACGGAAGUGGGAAACUCCCAGGAAGAGAAGUGGGGCCGUUAGUGGGUCCAGUGGCCCUCCCAGAUCCGCCACCACUGUCAGUAGUGUCAGUGCAGAACCUCAACCCGAGGAGGUCGUUGAUGAGAACUUUCCUCAACUUGUGAUACAAAAUGCUCGGGACAAGAUAUUGGGGGACAAGUCCUUACAAGAGAAGCUUGCAGAAAACAUUAAUAAAAUUCUUGCCAAUGAGCCAGCCCCCCAGGCAUCAAAGGUCCCAUCUACAGUGGAGGCAGAUCAAUCUAUAGAUGAAAUUCUAGGAUUGCAGGGAGAAAUCCACAUGAGUGACGAUGCCAUCCAUGACAUUUUGGAACAUACAGAGUCUGACCCAGCUUUUCAGGCCCUCUUUGACCUCUUUGAUUACCAUAAAACCAAAUUCACUGAUGGAGAAACAGGGGAUGGAGAUAUUAGCAGUAGUCCAGAAGAGAUCGACAGUGCUGGUCCUUCAUCUGCAGUUCGGACCACUCAAAGUUAUGAUCCAGGUGCUACACAGAGAGAUUUGAAUGUGUCUGAAACAACAUCAGCAACACUGAAGAUGAGAGCUGUACAAGAGCGUAAGACCAGGAAGUCAGCUGCUUCCACCUUGUUAAAGAAAACUGUUAUUGACUCCAGUGGCAGAUCAUCCAGAAUUGAGAACAGCUCGGCCAGAUUGUUGGUGAGUCACGGGGAGCACAGUGUGUCCUCAUCUGCUCCACUGGAAUCCAAAAGGAAAGACAAAUCCUCAUGCUUGAAUAACAGUGGGAGUGAAACACCAAUGGAUAUUGAUGAACCGCUGAAUACACCUCCCCCACCUAUUGACACUUUGUCCUCUCUGGAACCCACUAUAGACAGCCCCUCUACCUCAGCUACCCUCAGUAAGUCUGCCACAGUCCCUUUAUCAAAAGACUUUGCUCCAUCUGCUGUCCCUGAAGAUGCACCAGUAUCAAAUGUGGAAAAAAAUCAAGGUCAUGAACAAGCUCAAGAAUCCAAUGAGCAACCUGCUACAACUUCUCCUUUAGCUCUGAGUGAUCAGACUGUACCUUUGUCUCCUGUUGAAAUUCAGCUGAAUGACACUAUUUUACCCCAUGCUUCAGUUUCAAGCAGUGGAGAAGCUGCACCUGCUUCUACUCUCUCAGUACCAUCUGUUUCUGCAGGUGCUACAUUAACACCUGCCUCCUUCUCAUCAGUUUCCAAUCCUACAGCAGGGUCACCCACAACUGCUUCAACAUCUGCAAUCUUUUCAGCAACAGCUACCUCAUCCACACUUUCAUCACCUCUAUCCUCAAAGUCCUGUGCCCAGGUUGCAACAACAUUCAGUCCUUCCAGCACUAACCCCACCACCCCAAGCAAGGCUGCAGGAGACCCCGACAAUAUAGUGUCACUGAAGAUCAUCAUAAGUGAUAACCAGGAGGUGGAGUCUUCCAGCAACACAGCCUUGAAUCAGGCAAUUUCAAGCAUAGCUGGGGACAAGAUACCCACCAUCUACCUUUCCUCUCCAGCUAAGUCCCCUGGAGGUCCUGGCACUCCAAAGACCAACUUUGAUGAGGUGGCACAGGCAGUUUGUGGCUUACAAAGCGCCGAGGCUGCUGGAGCAGUAAUGGCAUCUCCAUUAAUUGGAACAUCACAGGCUCAGCAAAGAUAUAUAAUUCAGCUACCUGUGGAAACCAGCAAUCCUGCCCUCCAAGGUUCCACUACCAACUAUUUUCUUGUGACUCCAACUCCAGAUGUUGCAGCCAGACAGGUGCUGCUACCUGCUGGUGUCUCACAGGGGCAACCUUUACCCACCAACCAGUGGUCUGUGACUGCACCAACACCCCCCCAAACCUAUGGCACAGGGCCAUCACUCAUCUUACCAUCACCUAUUAAGCCUGUGGUGCUCCCUGUUUCUGUUAUGAGGCCGAAUACUCUGGGGAACAUCCAGGUGGUGUCCAAUCAGCUUGUUGACAUGUCAAACCCUGUACCUGUACCUGUACAGCAGCCCAAGCCCAUGUCAGUGGAAAAUAAACAGUCUUCAACUUCUGCUCUAGGCAGUGAGAAGAACCAGGCUGGGAAUGUUAUUCAGCUUAACACAGAACAGCAGGAUGCAGCAAAGGGCUCCACUCACAGGAGAAUUUUAUGUUUUGACUCAUCAUCAUCAGAAGUUCAAUCACAGACUGCUAAAACAACUGAGACCAUGGCACCCACGGCUGCCAAUACAUCCAGAUCAAAAUCUAUACAGCUGUCCAAUAAAGAAAAGAAACAUCAAGUCACUCGAACAAAACCUACUAUCUUGGCUGGUAACAAACCCAAGAGGAGGAUAGAACCUGUCAGAUGUUCAUCAGAUUCUCAGACUGUAGCAGGCUCAUUGAUCGAAUCAGUUCCUUUACAAACACAGCAGAAAGAACCUCUUAAAAAGAAUUCUCGUAAACAGGAACAUAAUAUUUAUAAUAAAGAGUUUCAAAAUGACAGUAUUAACAGCGCUUCACAACCUGAGGCUGCAAAAAAAGAAUCUGGAGAGAGUUCAAAACCUACAGACAGAAAACACAACAACAAUACAUAUGAUGAAACAAAAGUUAAAGAUAGCCGUAGCACCACAUCAUUGUCGUCUGAUUCUGCACUGAAAUCAGGAAGCGGAAAGGACAAAGAGGAAAGCAGCAGGAAAGAACCUGCAGAGAAGUCUCCUUUGAUGUCGUAUGAGGGAACCGAGAAGAGGACUUCCUCUCUGGAGAUGCCUAAUGUCACAGCUAACAAGGAGAAUGAAAUACAGGGUAGCAUGCUAGAACAGCAGCAGCAGUCAGCAACACCUUCAUCCUCAGAAUCAAGAGACUUUAGUCCUCCAGCUGUCACACAGCUGAUAUCUACUACCCAGCCCAAGGCUGUGAAAGCCCCAUCAAAGACCAGCUCCUUGGCCAAACAGGCAGCUGAGAUGCUUCAGAACAUUCAAGGACUGACCUCUCCUUCCACACCAUUAAAAAAGACUGGAGCUGGUAGUUCAGACCAUAGUCUUCCUGGGACUGGUCUUACUAAUGUGGCACCUUCUCCCAGGACUCCUUCCCGAAAGAAGGGCAAAGAUGGAGAAGGGACUCCCAAGCAUCUAAAAACCCCCAAUACCCCAGAUAUACCUACCUGUAGCCCUGCCAGUGAAGCUGGGAGUGAAAACAGCAUUAACAUGGCUGCACACACCCUUAUGAUUCUUUCACGUGCUGCCAUCGCCAGGACAGGCACUCCACUGAAAGACAGCUUACGCCAGGAGGAAGUUGGAGAAAAGUCACCCACAAGCUCUAAGAACACCAAGAAACGCAAACACUCUUCUCCCACAGGCAGCCCUCCUGCAAAGAGAGGGUCUAAACAAUCCAUCAAAAAGAAAGAAAAGGAAAAGAAACUUAUUGAUUGUUUUCCUCAUGAUUUGGAUGUGGAUAAGUUCCUAUCAUCUCUUCACUAUGAUGAAUGAAACUGAACACCAACAGGAGAGGACUCAUGUCACUACCCUCUUAGGUUACUUUCUAAGAAUAGAACAAGCCAUCUGCUUAAUCAGUGCCUAUGGUUUCUAUUAGUAGCUAUGCCAGAGACUUUAUAGGCUGCAGUGUCUUCCUCAGCUAUUUUGGGACUUUAACUUCACUAUUUUGUAGUGUAGGUGAUUUUGGGAUAACAUUCUGUUAUAUGCAGCAGUAUUUUCAGCAUGGCACCUUUGAUUUGACUUGUUUUAAGUUUCAUUCUCUUUACUGUUUAUAACUGGCAGUAUUUUCUACAACAAAAAUAGGGUUCACCUUUACAUAAUGGAUGCAUGUUGUUGACUCAUAAUAUUUCCUUGGUCAAUAUUUGACUUUACUUUGAUAAAUCCUGCUAAUAUUGAUUGACAGGUCGGUUUGUAAGUGUACAUUUUUUAAAUAGUCUCCAACAGUAAUUUAAUAACAUUGAAUUAAAAUCUUAAAUGUAUUUGUUUUUUGUGUUCAAAAUCUGGUUUAUAUAUUAUGUUGAUGUGAGGAAAGUUCAAGUUUACUUUUUAUAUGCAAGUCAAUUAAACAUUUUUCACAUGUUUUUUUUGUUACAACUGGAAAGGCACAGGUGUAAUUAAAAUUUUGUUAAUGAAAGUCACAUGACUAAUUUUUUUUGAAAGCUUGACAGUGAAUCAGUAGGUUUGUAAACUGUUUUAUUUAUUCAUUUAAAUCUUGGACUAUUUUUUUUUAUUUGUCCCUAAUGGACAGAAUCAUGAGUAGCAAUUUUAGUAGUUUAUAAAU